AAGAGGAUCACAUUGUAUACAGCCAGAAAACAAUUUGCAUGCAUGCGUACAUUGCUUUGCUAAACUGUAAUCCUAACAGACAUUUGCUGUAGUGUUUUCAUUAUCUUUCAGAUGAAAGUAUUCAUUUUCUUCAUGAUUUCAAUAACAAUGGCCACCAUGGCUGUUUUCCUUGCUUUUGUUCAAGAAGGCAGAAAUGAGUUAUUCAGAGAAACAAAAGAAAAUGGAAUUAAAAGAACUGCACAGGAAGUAGAAGAAGAAACAAACAAAGGAAAAGAGAGUCUUCUCCAAAGACAUGAAACAAUGGCUCCCAGCUACUUUCUGGCUUUUCCCAAAUACCUGGAAGAAGAGACUCGGGCUAUCUCUCAAGCAGCUGAAAAAAUGGAAGCUUCAAUACAAGAUCGGAAAGAAAAAUUUCACUCAAAGUAUAAACGAUCAUUGCCUCCAACUGGCCUAUUGUCCACUGAUGUUCUUAUGAUGCUUUCCAAUGUAUCUGGAUGCCUUCGUUAUAUGCUGCCACCAAAAUGUCUAGAGAACUGCAUGACCAGUAAAUAUAGACAUAUCACUGGAGCUUGCAACAACAGGGACCAUCCCAGGUGGGGAGCUUCUAACACAGCUCUGGCUAGAUGGCUUCCUCCAGUUUAUGAAGAUGGACUAAGUCAACCAAAAGGAUGGAAUCCUGGUUUCUUACAUAAUGGAUUUCCAUUGCCUCCGGUACGUGAAGUUACUAGAACAAUUAUUGAGGUCUCUAAUGAGGCUGUCACUGAAGAUGAACAAUAUUCUGAUAUGCUCACUGUCUGGGGACAAUACAUAGAUCAUGAUCUUGCCUUCACACCACAGAGUAUAAACCGACCUUCCAUCCUAGGACAAGCAGACUGCAGUAUGACAUGUGAAAACAGAAAUCCAUGUUUUCCAAUACAGGUUUUUGUCAAUGACACACUCUCCAUAAUGGACUGCUUGCCUUUCUACCGUUCAUCCCCUGCAUGCACCACCGGCCUCCAGGGAGUCCUGAUAGGAAAUCUUUCUAUCUUAAAUCCUAGACAACAGAUUAAUGGUCUAACCUCCUUCCUCGAUGCAUCUACCGUUUAUGGCAGCACAACAGCAGCAGAGAACAAACUGAGGAAUCUGACUAGCCAAGAAGGUCUCCUCAGAAUAAAUGUGAAAUAUUUUGACCAUGGCCGUGAAUACCUUCCCUUUGUCAACCAAGUCCCUUCAGCUUGUGCUCAGGACCCCAAAACAGACAAUGGAGAAAGGAUUGAAUGCUUUAUGGCAGGAGACACCAGGUCUAGCGAAGUCAUUUCUUUGACAGCUGUACAUACACUUUGGUUGCGAGAACACAAUCGCCUUGCAAAAGAACUGAAGAAGUGGAACAUGCAUUGGAGUCCUGAAAUCAUCUAUCAAGAGGCUCGCAAAAUUGUUGGGGCUCUCCAUCAGAUUAUUACCAUGAGAGAAUAUGUCCCCAAAAUCAUUGGCCCAGAGGCUUUCAACCAAUACAUUGGUCCUUAUAAAGGCUAUGAUCCCAAAAUUGAUCCUACAGUUUCCAAUAUAUUUUCUACAGCAGCUUUUCGCUUUGCUCAUGCUGCAAUUCAUCCAACAAUAAAACGGCUCAAUGCACAUUACCAGCAUGACCCAAGUCUGCCUAAUCUUAAUCUGCAUGAAGUUUUUUUCGCACCCUGGAGGCUCAUUAAUGAAGGUGGUUUGGAUCCCCUUCUAAGAGGAACUCUGGCAACUGCUGCAAAACUGCCAUUGCAAAAUCAACUGGUGAAUGAGGAAUUAACAAAGAAGCUCUUUGUGUUGUCCAAUAAUGGUUCAUUGGAUUUGGCUUCAUUAGAUUUACAACGGGGACGUGAUCAUGGGCUGCCAGGUUUCAAUGACUGGCGAACCUUUUGUGAUUUGCCAAUACUAAAGACAGAAAGUGAACUGACAGAAGCAAUACAAAACAAAAAGGUUGUCCAAAAUAUCCUGGAACUGUACGGCAGCCCUGAUAACAUUGAUGUCUGGCUUGGGGGUAUAGUGGAAAACUUCCUUCUAGAUGCCAGAACAGGUCCAUUAUUUGCAUGUAUAAUUGGAAAGCAAAUGAAAGCACUGAGAGAUGGUGAUCGAUUUUGGUGGGAAAAUGAUGAUGUCUUUACUGAAGCCCAAAGAUGUGAACUCAGAAAAUAUUCUUUAUCCAGACUAAUCUGUGAUAACACAGGCAUUACUGAAAUACCCCAUGAUGCCUUCAAGCUUGGAAAAUAUCCUAAAGAUUUUGAGCCUUGUGAAAAUAUACCCAGCAUUAAUUUAGAAGCUUGGCAGGAAACCCCACAACCAGAACUGGCUUGUGGUUUUCCCAAAGGCAUAGAACAUGGUGACUAUGUUUAUUGCUCCAAAGCAGAAAAAUCUAUGGUUACCUAUUCAUGCCACCAAGGAUACAAGCUACUAGGAGAAGAACAAUUAUCUUGUACCAAUGAAACAUGGAAUUCAAAACCACCCAUCUGCCAAGACAUCAAUGAAUGUGAAAACAAAGACAAUCCACCAUGCCAUUCCUCUGCAAAAUGUGUAAACCUUAAGGGAACUUUCCAGUGUCUUUGUACAGAUCCCUACGAACUAGCAGAAGAUGGGAAAAGCUGUAAAGAUUCUGGGAAGCUCUCCAAAGGUUCUCUGGUCUCCAUCAUUUUAGGUAUCAUUCUCGUCAGUUUUUUGGCAUUGUUAAGCUGGCUUGUGGUUUGCUGGUGGUGGUCCAGCUCAGCGAGUACUUCAGUUAAUUUGCAUGUGUUAAAUGAUGAAAGAAAUCUUUCUGCUGUAGAUUGCAAGAGCUGCCUUGAAAUGAAUGCAUCACAGCCACCAUCCAAUGCACUAAUUAAACCAGUUGAUAAGGAUCCUCCCAGUAGUCCAUGCCUUCUACUCUGCAUGUAAGCGUUUACAAAACACCUUGGGAGGAACCCUGAGGCUGUGCUUUGUAGCAGGAAGCAAAUGAUAACUUAGAUCAGAACAACUGAAUAAAUGAUCCAGAGAUGUGCCAGACCUCUUUAUCUUUAGGGUGAAAACAGAAUCCAUAACACCUGUAAUCUUUGUUCAUUAAGACGCUGUGUUCAAUUAUGUUAUUCUUUAAUCUAUCAGCUUUAUAAAACAAAUUUAGAUGCAUGUCCUCUGUUCUGACAGUUGCCUUUCAAAGUGCCAAGAGAUCUUCCUUCAUUCCUACAUCUCUGCCACAGAAUGAGAAUGGAAAGAGAAAGGUUUUUUUUAUUAUCUUGAACUUUGUGUUACCUUCAUCUUUAAUUCUGAAAUUUCUGACAUUUAAUCCAGUCACUCUGGUUUUUGAUAUAGACAGACAUUAAGGAUUAAAUCCAGAGGUUAGUUCCAAAUAAAGUCGAUUCAAUGGAAAUUAUGUAAAUUCACUCACUGGGCCUAGUCUAAUAAUUGGGGUAGCAUAUUCAAUAUUUAUGAGACUGUAAACUGGACAUGCAUUCACAUUUAUUGUCAAGAGUCAGAUGCCAAUUAGCGAACAAAAAUAGAGUUUAUUCAGCAGAUAAGCCAAAAAGUAAUGUUAACACAGAAAAAACCUUGAAAUACUUCACUAUCAGUGCUUCAAGAGCAGUUCAAACAAAAAUAUAAUUCAGCAACACAAGUAGGUAAAAACAAAGCUAAACAAACUUAGUGCAAACUGCACUUUCUGAGUCCAAGCCCUGCCAGCCGGCUCUGUAGUUUUCAAAGGAACAGUUCCCAAAAGAAAACACCAAAUUGGUCAGGAAACAAACAAACAAACAAAGAAUGCAGUAGACUGCUUCCACAAUGUGGAUAAAGCCGAAGGCUCCAAAAGGAUGGUGAAAAGACGUCGUCCGGGAUUCCAAGGUCAGGUCAGGAGAUAACAGCGGUGUCCAAAGAGCAAGCCAGGAGUCAAAAGCCGAUAGUAGUCAUCAAUCACAGGGCGAAGGCAGUAGCAAGGUCAAAUUCCGGUCCAAGGUCUGAAGAGGGUGCAGUCAUCCAAAACAGGUCCACGAUAAGACACAGCGAGAGCCAAGCUAGGUGAUAACAGCAGAUUCAAAUCAUAGUCCAAGUCCAGUCUUCAUGGAAACACAGAGAUCCCAAUGGCGCCUCAGCAACACCUUGCCACACGCAAAGUGCAGUGGCCAAACAUUCCCAUUUUAUUCCCCUUCCUCCUGGGUGACCAAACACUCACACCCAAACACCAGGUGUCCCAAAUCUACUCAGAGUCUGAGCUCCACACAGCUAGAGCUCGUGGAUCUGGAGUACCUAGCAAUUCGUCGGAGUCCCAAUCAUCCUGCCCACACUUAGCCCCAUGAACACUUAAAGAACCAUCCUCCCUUCUCCAAGCAUCCCAAUUGGGAUCAGCUCCUGCAGAAACCCCAGGUUCAGAAGUAUCCAUAGACCCCAAAUCCCCAGACAUCUCCGGUGGCUGUGCCCAUUCAGUGCCCGCUUCCCCAGCCACCACCUGUUCCUCAGCAUCCAUCUCCUCAUCUGAAUCUUCCUCAGAAGAUCCCCCAUAUAACUCUCUAAGUCGCUUCCUGCGCAACUCCU